GGGCCGGCGGCGCUGCUCCUUUUCGAUCCGCCAUCUGCGGUGGGGCCGCCGCCACGAUGCAGAUCUUCGUCAAGACCCUCACGGGCAAGACCAUCACCCUCGAGGUUGAGCCCUCGGAUACGAUAGAAAAUGUAAAAGCCAAAAUCCAGGAUAAGGAAGGAAUUCCUCCGGAUCAGCAAAGACUGAUCUUUGCUGGCAAGCAGCUGGAAGAUGGCCGAACUUUAUCUGACUACAACAUUCAGAAGGAGUCCACUCUGCACCUGGUGCUGAGACUCCGUGGUGGUGCCAAGAAAAGGAAGAAGAAGUCGUACACCACUCCCAAGAAGAACAAGCACAAGAGGAAGAAGGUUAAGCUGGCUGUCCUCAAGUACUACAAGGUGGACGAGAACGGUAAAAUCAGCCGCCUGCGUCGCGAGUGCCCCUCUGACGAGUGCGGUGCCGGCGUGUUCAUGGCCAGCCACUUCGACAGGCAUUACUGCGGCAAGUGCUGUCUGACCUACUGCUUCAACAAGCCUGAAGACAAGUAACUAUGAGGAAUCAAUAAAAGGCGCUGACCAG